AGAAGGAGUCAAUGCAUGCAUUAACUAAUAGGGAUCGGAAACCUGAUUGACACAUACCCGAUAACCAGAGACUAUCUUCUAACCAUCAUUAAACAACAUUUAAGAGCAUAAUGAACUACUAUAGAGGAGGACUCACUGUCGUUCAACAACGUGGCGAAACUGCAGUAUUGGGAGCUGGACCCAAGCCAUUCGCAGCACAAGAAGUGGCAGGCUCGAGCACUGAUGAAGCAAGUGGUUCCACUUCAACAAAGACAGCGGUUAGAAUCGAAGAAAGAUUAAAUAGCUCAUCUCGCGGCAUCGGAAGAAGAAAGUUGCAAAGGAAGGAGAAUGCUCGUUUGUCGUCUAAUCCACACGUUGUACGGCCAUCAAUCAAGGAUUUCUCAUUAGGUCACAAUGACCGAACGCCAAGCUUCCCACUGCCAAGUGAAUUGCAGAGUACCUUUCAAAAAGCAACUUAUGGCGAUUCUCAAAGACAGAGCCUGGACGGGAAAGGAAGAGAAAAUGAUCAAAAAUCCGAUUUGAUGGGUGGUAUGACAAUGACUUAUUCUGAUGCUCAUUGGUUCUUGUGUAAUCGUGUUGGAAUUCGACCGGGACAAGUUCAAUCGAAUAUGAACCCGAUACAGCAAUUCACAAAGAUGGCAGAAGCAGAAAUAGUAGCUUGGCUAGGGCAAGAUGUGUUCUUGAGACCAGAUCGUAAGGAUGCCGUUGUUUUAAUCGAUUUGCCAGCUACUUAUACAGAUGAUAUAAAGGAAGUCACUUCGGAUAACCGAUUGAUGGAAAUUCAACGUACCCCUCACAAUUUGGUAUGGUCCACUUCCGAUCCUUUCAAGCGCUUAACGAUUCAUUGUCUAGCUCGAGUAUAUGGCUGUCAAAGUUUUAGUAAAGACGCACCUGGUUUACCGUCCGAAUCAGCUUCUAGACAAACUUGGAUCUUAAAGAGUCGUGCUGCUCAACGUCAACAACAACAGAGGUUAACACAUGCAUCCAAUCCAUUGACAAGGCACAUUGGCGAUUUGGAAACUCCACCUACAACUGAUAUUGGAACAGACGUUGGCAGUGAAUUGGCUAGUGAGAUUACGAGUGAUGUAGCAAGUAAUUUGGAUGGUAAUUCUGAUUGGGCAGUCAGUGAUAUUGGAGAAGAGGAUGAUGAGAUGGAAGGAGAGUUUACCGUUCUGCCGGGUGAUGAAAGAGAUGUAACAGCAGCGGAAAUACGUAAAGCAUCCAUACCACCUUAUCACAUACGUGAUGAUGCUGAAGAUGAUGAUGCGGCACUUGCUGAUGUGGAAUCAUAGAUAUCAUGGAACAAUACAAUAGACAAUUUGCAUAUCAGAGAUCUGAAUCGUG